AUGAGCGGCAAGCGGAAACCGUCGUCGCCGGAGCUGCGGUUGCUGCCGCUGCGCCUGGACCCGGAGGCGGGAAGCGAAUGCAGGCUAGGGGCGUUGGCGGGCGGCCGCCCCUCCCCGCUGCCCGCGCUGCUGCCAGUGCCGCUGUCCUCGUCGCCGUCCCCCGCCCCGUCACCGGCGCCCAGCGGUAGCAAGAAGAAGAAGGCCGCUGCGGGACACGCCCCGUCGCCGGCCACGCCCACCGCGGACCCCGAGCUGGCGGCGCAGCACCGGCCGCGCGCCAGGAGAGGAGUGUAUUUUGGAAUCACAGAGCUGGUGCUGGUGGGGGCCCCCGACAGUACAGCGGCGGUGUUCGCAGAGCCGCUGCCGAUGAAGCUGCGCGCGCUGCCGCAGUCGUUCUGGCAGCAGCCCAACGCGGCGGGAGGCCUGUCCCCGGGAGCCGUCUACCCCGUGCUGCCGCCGCUCUGCUGCAAGGACGAUGACGGCGCAGUGUCUACAGGGGACUUGAAGUCUGUGGUUUGUUGUGCAGGCCUGCGGCCGGCGACGCCGCCGGAGGAGCGCGACAAGCGGCGCGUGGUGAGCGUCGCCAACACGGAGCUGCUGUUCAGCCUGUUCCGCAGCGUCGAGCAGCUGGACCAGCCCGCCGCCAGGGUCGCGCGCAGGGGCAGGCCGAAGAAAGUGGCGGCGACGUCGUGGCGGCUGCCGCGCGACGAGGACCCGUGCCUGGUGAGCGCCGUCGCGGACCCCAUCCUGCCGCUGAUCCGCGGACACGCCGGCGGCCAGCACCAGGUCUUGGCCACCGUCUCCCUAGGAGCUGGCGAACGGUCGGUAGUGCUGCCAUCUCUGAGCGUCGAGCACAACUACUCACAGAUACUGUCCGAGCUAGUCAUGAAGCUGUAAAGAGAGGUGAUAGUGGACUUGGUAAUGUGGUGUUAUGUGA